GGCGUAUAUGAAUCUGUGUAUAAUGCGACAUGGCACUAUGUGGAGGGUGUUGAUGGUAGGGGAUUCGGUAUGCAAGUGAAAGAGGGCCAUCCACCGCAAGCGUGGACAGAGAAUGAGGUGAUGAAUGGUUCUGUAGAGGACGAUAAUGAUAAUGAGAAACCCGAGGAUGGACGUCUGGAGUUGAUGCUGCUCACCUCCAAGAACGGAUGGUCAUACACAGAGUUCAGAAUGAGGAAGAGCUGUGAUAUUUAUGUUAACAAGGAAGUGAUGCGUGUAUGGUAUAAAAUUCUAAGGGAUCUGGAUGAGUAUUUUGGCAAUCAUGUGGAUGCUAAUAAGAAACUCACCCCAUAUGUGUUAAUAGGAACGCCUGGAAUUGGCAAGUCCUUUGCAGCUGGUUCAUUCCUCCUCUAUCAACUGUUGCAUUACAAUGCAAAAAAACUCCCUGUGGUUGCGCACUUCAUUAGGGGUGGGGCCUAUCUGUUUGAAAAGAAGAGUGAUGGUGGAAAGGUGACUUGGUACGAAGAAGAAAUGGCAAUAAGUGUUGUACAGGAUUUCUUUAAACAAGGUGAAGAAAAUAAAGAAAAAAUAGGAUACAUAAUCUAUGAUGUAAAUGAAAGAAGCCCAAUGCCGCCGGAUGCACUGCCUCCUUCAGGGUGGGGCAUGAUUGUGAUAUCAUCCCCAAAUGAGAACCACUAUAAAGGAUGGGAUAAACAAAAAGUGGCAAAGCGCAUCGUUAUUAAUUGUCCAUCUGUGCGUGAAAUCAAGGCCAUAUGCGCAUGGGAAAAACGCAACCAAUCCAAAGAACUUAAAAACUUUUGGAAGGAAAUAAAGGAACGUAUUAAUAAUAUUGGGCCACUUCCACGUUAUAUUUUCAAUAAAAAUGCAUAUCUGCGACAAUAUAAUGAAGUGAAAAGUUCGUUGAAUUGCAUUACAGAGCGCACUAUUUCAGAGUACAAAAAUAUCCUCAGAGGUGAUGGUGAAUGGAAUGAUAAAAGUCCUUCCCAAGAUUUACUGAAAGUAUACCGUUUGGUCAUUGGCAAUGUUGAUCUUCCGAGGAUUGCAGCAUUUAAUGAUGAAUUAAAUAAAAGCAUACUUGUUCGAGUGAUGGAGAUUUGUCGUGCCCCAUACUUGAAAUUCUUUUUCACAGAUAGGGGCAUGAUCAUUGCCGAACAUUUUGAAAAACUUGGUGUUAUUGCUUUUACGGCCAAGAACUUUGUAACUGCGCUUAGUAAAGAACCGAAAAUAAUUCAACCACCUGACGAACGAGUAAGCAAGAAGAGUGUUCUACAACGGAGGGAUUCGGUUCCAUAUGCUAGUAAUGGGUAUGACAUCUUUCCCACCGGCAUAAAUGAUGCCAGCAGGAGGAUAGAGUACAAUAUGCUUUACCGUCCUUCUAUAUCUAAUUUCCCUCUUGUGGAUGGUUUCUACUUUGUGAAAUCUGAAGAGGAAAGGGUUACAAUGAUUGGAAUACAAACGACAACUGCCAAAAGACAUGAAACUACAGUUACUGCAGUAAUUGAAUUCAAUAGAUAUCUUAAAAAUUGUUUUUCUGACUGGACUAAUGUUUCCAAGAAAGUAUCGUGGGAGAUCAUUUAUAUACAACCCUACGACACUGAUGAGAGGAGACAAAUAAAAAAAUGGCAAGGAUGCACUUUGAAUGAAUCAGGAAACUAUAGUCUCGAGCAACAGGAGGUUACUGCCAAAUUCUGGAAUGAAAAGGUAAAUCAGUAUCAGGUGAAUUUGUCUUUAGGAAUGGCAGUACGCCUCGUGGAGGCUUUGGAGGGGGUGCGUAAAGAAGAAAAACUAUCUAAAAUCGAAGACUUGAUACAAAUAAGAAGGCAGGAAAUGCAUUAA